ACCAAUGCAAGUCAGCCCCAGGAGUCUUUCUGCCUGAUGACUAGCUGCGGGUGCCUUUUGGACCCCAAAUUCCUUCGGGGGCUUGAAUUCUUUGAAAUGCCCUGGAUUGCCGCACUUUCGAGCUGCUUCCUUGUUUCUUACGUUAACCUGCUGUCGUGCGCCGCUGUGUCAGACUCUGUUAUCACCCCGCCCUCGCCGCCCGCUGAGACAGGACAGCAACACAGCAGUCUUUUGAACUGUUUGCUUCUAGUUCUUGCUUCUUAGCUUUAUCAAGACAGUUUGAGACUAUUCUACUCUUGCAUUUCCCCGCUACCGUACACUCCAACUCCAACCAUGCCCGGCCCAGACGAGUGGGACAACUACACUGAGGACGAGUGGUAUGCCACCGAUAAGUAUACUACCGGUGCUCGCCAUGUUCGACCCACAGCACGUCCAGCACCGCGACGAGAGGAGCUCCGCCCCGAAUAUGGUCGCAGUGGCAGUGCGUACCCGGGCCACGAGGUCCACUACACAACCGCUCUCCAUCGAAGCCGCUCACAAGGUCAAGACCGCAUUCCCAAUGUGACCAUCUACAACACCACUCGCAACGACAAUGAGAGUAAUCCAAAUGUCCGCACUGACCACCGGGACACCACUCGCACUGAGCAUCGAGAAAGCAGUCCUCGCGGCCGAGCAGUGCCGCGAAGAAUCCCUGGUGAAUGGGCACUAGAGGACGAACUUGCCGAGCUAAAGUUGGAGGUCAGGAGGGACCACCGUGAGCGCUCCCGCUCAAGGCACGACCACCAUGACCAUCAUGACCAUCAUAGCCACUCACCUGAUCGCCGGUUCGAGGAUAAGCUCCAGUUGACGAUUGCACAGCAGCGACUCAAAGAAGCUGAAGAAAAGCUUGAGAGGGAACGACAGGAAGAUGAGAUGGAGAGGCGCGAAGAGUUACUCAAGCGCAAGCUGGAGCUCAAGUACAUCAAGGACAGGAAGGAGCGUGAUGCUGAGGAGCAGCGCAUCAAGUAUCAAGAAGAGCACAUGCGGCACGACUGGGAGUUGAAGCGCGAGAGGGAAGAGCGAGACCGCGAGCGAAGGGAAAUUGAGGAAGAGAAGAAUCGUGCCAACAUCAUUGCCGAGAAUAGAGCGAAGAUGUCGAGGGAGCAGAGGGACGCAGAAGAGCAGCGCGAUCGGAUUCUAGCCAAAUUAGAGAGGGAGAGGAGAGAGCAAGAUGAAGAGCGCAGGGCAAUCCUUGCGGAGAACAGGGCAAAAAUGUCAAGGGAGCAAAGGGAGGCCGAUGAACAGCGCGAAAAGAUCAUCGCGAAGAUGGAGAAGGAGCGGAGGGAGCAGGAGGACGAACGCAAGGCUAUUAUUGCUGAGAAUACCGCGAAGCUCGAGAAGGAGGCCCGAGAACGCGCUGACAGGGAAAGAGCUAUGGAGAUAGAGCGCAAGCGCAUUAUUGCUGAGAAUACAGCAAAGGUGCACCAGCAAGAAGAGGAAGCCAAGGAAGCACAGCAGCGAGCUGUUGAUGCCUACAAUAAGAAGCGAGAGAGGGAGGAGAGAGAGGCCAAGGAAGAACGCGAGCGAGUCAUCUUCGAGUACGAGCGCAAGAAGUUCCAGGACGCCGAGAAGGAGAAGCGCGCACGCGAAGAACUCAUCAUGCAGCUCCGGCUCGAAGAAGAAAAGAAGAAGCUAAAGGAGAAGGAGGAAUACGAAGCCUUUAUGCGCAAGCAGAAGGAAAAGGAAGAAGAGGAGAAGGAGAAGAAGGCGGCGCAGGAGAAGGAGCUCGAGGAGACGAUGCGUAAGAGACUCGCUCAGUUCGGCUUCCAAGACAACCAGAUCCAAGCUCUUGUUCAUCCGGAAAAACAAAAGGAGUUGCAGCAAGGCAUGACGCCGCUGAAUCCAAUGCGCAUUGCACCUCAGCCUACAUAUGCCAAGGUGCACAGGCAGUAUCUUGAUGUUGAGACGCUACAUUAUUAUAACAUUCCUUACGAGUAUGACACAAACCCAGAGUACAUCAUCGUCCUACGCGAAAUGAGCCAAACCGAGACUGAUAUCCUCUUCGAGCACACGCGUCGCCUUCGUACCGGGGGUGGCAGCAAGCUCUUCAUUGAGUCCGAGGGACGCGACUACCAUGGAAAGAAGGAAUAUGCGUUUGUGCGCAAGAAGUCUAGGUCCAGGUCAAGGAGCGACGUGAACCGCUCCUCCAAGCAGAAUGUCAAUCUGAGCAGUAUGUUCUUUAGAUAGAGUGUGGAAGUCAGUGCCAUGGUAAAGGGAAGAGUUCGAGUUGAAUGUCGUCUUGGGGGUUUUUUUUUUAACUUCUACUUUUCUCUCAUAUACCAUUCAUCAUCUCUCUACUCUUUUAGCUAGCAGAAAGGCUAUGGGGAUACUACUUUCAUACGUUCGAUACGCGCGGUGGCGUUCGGAUCAUUAUAUUGGGUAGCUUAUCCUUCAGAUACAUGAACAAGACAUACGUGCAACUUGUUUCUUCAGCUGGUUCAGCUUUUCUCUCUCGUGCAUAUGCUGUACGCAGCGAGGCAUGCACUGUUUCUCUCAACAAGACGCAGAUCUUCACCGGU